AUGUUUUCUUCCUAUUCUUCUCCAUCUUUCUUUACUACCUUUCCUUCUUUCUUGAUUAUCUUUCUUUCUCUUUUCCUUCUUUCUUUUUAUCAAUAUUCUAUUACCUUAUCUUUCUUUCUUUCUUCUUUCUUUUUUUUCUUUCUUUCUUUCUUUUUCUUUCUUUUUUUUUUUUUUUCUUUUCUUUCUUUCUUUCUUUCUUCCUUCUUUUUUCAAUAUUUUAACUGCUCAUUUCUUUCUUUUUUUCUUUCUUUCCUUUUUUUUGUUUUUUUUCUUUCGUUCUAUUUUUUUAUCAAUAUUCUAUUUCCCUCUUUCUUUUUCUUUUUUUUCUUUCUUUCUUUUUUCUUUCUUUCUUUCUUUCUUUCUUUCUUUCUUUCUUUCUUUCGCAUAUUAAUUCUUUCAUUUUUUCUUUUCCCAAUUUUUUUUUUGUUCCGUUCUUUCCCCAUAUUUUUUUUCUUUUGUUUAUUUUGUUUUCUUUUUUUUUCUUUUCUUUUUCUUUUAUUUCUUUCUUUUUUUCCUCUUUUUUUUUUACCCAUGUCUCUUUUUGUUUUUUUAUUUCUUUUUUGUUUUUCUUUCUUUCUUUAUCUUUCUUUCUUUCUUUCUUUUUCUAUUUCUCUUUUCUUUCUUUCUUUCUUUCGUUUCUUCAUUCUAUUUUUUUGUAUUUCUUUCUCUUUCCUUUCUUUUCUUUCUUUCUUUCUUUUCCUUUCUUCCUUUCUUUCACUUUUUUUCCUUUUCUUUGUUCCUUUCUCAUUUUUUCUUUCUUUCUUUUUUCUUUCUUUCUUUUUCGUUCCUUUUCUUCUUUUUCCUAUUUUAUUUUUCUUUCUUUCUUUCUUUCUUCCACCUUUCUUUCUUUCUUUCUUUUCUUUCUGCAGUUUCCUUUUUCCCUUCACCUUCUUUUUUCACAUUUUCGUUUGUAUAUUCUUUUCUUUCUUUCUUUUUCUUUCAUUUUUCUUUCUUUUUUUUUCUUUCUUUCUUUCUACAGUUUCCUUUUUCUUUCUUUUCGUUCGUUUUUUUUCCUAUCUUCCUUCCUAUCUUCUUCUUUCUUUCCUCCUUCACUUUUUUCUUCCUUCUUUCCUUUCUGCAUUUUUACUUUUCUGCCGCCUUUUCACAUUCGUUUGUAUAUUCUUUCUUUCUUUCUUUCUUUCUUUCUUUCUUUCUUUCUUUCUUUCUUUCUUUCCUCUGGCAUUCUAUUAA